AGCAAGGCGUAUUAAAUUUACAUGCAUUCUCGAGGUUUCAAGUCUCGAUGUGCUAAGUUUAGAAAUAUAAAAUUACUUGAAGCAACAUGAUCAGUUUAAAUGAUAAAUAAAAGUGAUGUUGUUUGCUCGAACUUAGUCAACCUUGUGUCAACGUUUCGGGUGGACAGUACGCCAUUGACUUCUCGUGAUAAAAAUAUAAAACAAGAAAUGUGUUUAUCUUUUUUCGUUACUUGCUUAGAGCAACGGCUAAUGUUAUAAAUCGGAAUGUGACAGAUAAAAGGUGCUCAGGACAAUUGUUUCCGUUAUGGCAGAUUUAGAUUCACGCAAAAGAACGAAGUGUAGUAGUGGUUCCAGGAACGGACCGCAGUUUCGAUCAUGGAUUUGGUGUAUACUAAUAAAGUGUUUUAUAAGUUUACCGUGCAUAUUCUCAAAAUGUCUUGGUGUAGAUAUUACAGUUGCAGUAUACCCUCAAGGUGACAUAACAGUUCCGUAUGGUAAUCCAUUAGAAAUUUUUUGCAUUGCAGAAAAUUAUUCGUCUAAUGAUAUUGAAUUUUCACUUGCUGGCAAACACCUCGAAUCUGAGAUUGUAAACAGUACAACAAGGAGAUUGUACAUCAAAAAGCCCGAAAAGCAAGUAAAUUCUUAUUACUGUAGAAACAACAAGACUGGGAAAAUAUGUGUUGCUCGAGUACUUGUUGAAAGUCCUCCAGCUGAUGUGAUGGACUUUAACUGUUUGUCCAAAAAUCUUGAUAUAUUAAAUUGUUCAUGGACUAGUCCUGAGUCAUAUAGUAAUGUUAAUUAUUCUGUAACCUUUUCUGUUAAUGGAAAUUUUGUAAAGUCACCACGAAUAGCAGAAAAAGUUGACAAUACAUUUACCAGAUACUGUCUAUGGAAUACAAGUAGUCAGCCAAGAUAUAGGCAACAAGAAGAAGAACAGUUCUUUCACCUAAUAGCUUGUAAUGUAUUUGGAUGUAACAAACAAAAUUUCACCAUAGAUCACUACUCAAUUGUCAAGCCUGAUCCACCUAUUGACUUGAGAGUUGUAAAGAAUGGCACCCACAGUGUUGUCUUAAAAUGGAGUGUUCCUAACAAUAUUGUUGAUUUAUUGAGAUGCGGAGUGGAUCAUAUAAUAGAAUAUCAAAUUGCUAAAAUUGAUAAUACUACACAGUUUCACAGAGUAGAUGCAUCAUAUCUCCCACCAAAAAAUAAAACAUAUAGAUUUCAGUUAACAAAUUUACCAUAUGCACAUAUGCAAUAUGAAGUAAGAGUGUAUAUAAAGUCUAAAAAAGCAGUAAAAAGAGAAUUCUGGUCUGAAUUUGAAUAUACAGUUUUCUGCACUGCUAGUGAGAGGCCAAAGAGACCGCCUGAUAUGAUUGCAGGUGCAUUUCAUCAAGCUACUUAUGAGAACAAAAGAGUGGUUUAUGUGUAUUGGAAACAGCUUGAGGAAUAUGAGGAAGCUGGUGCAAACUUCACAUAUAAAGUACUGGUGUCACAAGGAAACAAGACAGAAACUGUAUUUCCCGAAAAAAAUAAGAGUUUGAGCUAUGUCAUUCUCAAUGCAAGCCUUGAUGCCCUAGAUGUGACGGUUUGGUCAUUUAAUAUGAAUGGUUCCUCUACUAACAGUAGUCAUCUCUAUAUUCCUCCAGAGAAAGAUACACGUUACUUAAAGCUAACAUCCUUUACCAAAUUAGCUUAUGAAAAUGGUACCUAUGAGCUGUCAUGGGUGGGUAUAAAGGAUAUUGACAAUUAUACUCUUUUCUGGUGUCAACACAACACUACAAAAAUAUGUGCUGGACGAAUGGAUUUUGCAGUACUUGAUCCAAAAAAAAAUAAUCACGUUAUUGAUUUGCCAAGAGAAUACAGGUAUCAGUUUGCAAUAUCAGCAAAUAAUGGCACAAAAACUAGUGGCAUGGUCUGGGCUAAAUGUGACAUAUCAAAAGACGGAGUUGUUAUGUAUGGCUUCCCUGUUCAUUUAAAUUAUGAUGUGCCUGGUAAGUCAUAUGUAACUUUAAGAUGGGUAAUGGACUGUGCUCUUCAAGAUGGAAUUAUAACAGGUUAUAACAUAAGUUAUUGCCCAAUUGUUCAAACAAGUAGUUACUGUGAUAAAUCAGUAGAAAAUAGACACAUUUUUAUACCUAAUCCAAAACAGAUGGAUGUAACUAUAAAAAACUUGCUGCCCUUUAGAACUUAUCAGUUUACUUUUGCCCUUAAGACUAUUUAUGGUCAAAAGAAUAUUGAAAAUGCUACUGCAGUACUCACAACAUCAGAAGAUACACCAACAAAUCCUAUAAAUGUUCAAAUACUUGAUGUAAAAAAUACUUCUUUGACUAUUUCAUGGGACCCGCCCAUCCAACGAAAUGGCAAUAUUGGUAAAUAUGUCAUUUACAACUAUGAUAAAGAAUUUUAUGUAGAUAAGGUUUCUGAAACUGAUACCUCUAGAAGAGAAGUUACACUUACAGGAUUGCAAGGAUAUACUAAUUAUUCUUUAACUGUUCAAGCAUGUAAUGUUCCUAUAGGCUUAUGUUCAAAAAUUGGAUAUAAUGAUGCAAUAUUUGUAAGAACAAGGAUUGGCUCUCCUAGUAGAUUAAAGGCUCCUACUGUUAAAAAUAACCCUGAGAAGCUUACAUGGGAAAAACCUGAUAAUCCUGGUGGAACAGUAGAUCAAUAUCAGAUAAGAAGGGUAAUAGACGACUUGGAACCGGAAAUAAUAAAUACAACUGGUUUAGAAGUUUUACUUACACACUGUGAAGGAGUGGUUUCAACAGAAACUUAUGAAGUAAGAGCAGUUAAUUUUGACUAUGACUUGUAUCAUGGAGUGCUAAGCGAUGGAAACGUAACUUUGCCUGAAAGAGCUAAAAAUGAAUCUGUUAAUGAAUAUCCAGGUCCAUGGAGUGAGCCUAGUACUGUGGCCUGUCGAAGCAGAGAUGGAUUGACUAUGAUUUUAAUAUUUAUGGCAAUAUUUGCUCUAAUAGGUAUAAUUUACGGAUCCAUUAAACUAUACAAGAAAUAUAGGAAAAUGGAAGACAUUAAGCCAGUCUUGCCAAAUGGCUUAGGAAUUCCUGAAAAAGAUAUUUCUAAAUAUACUUUUGGUGGCUGGAAUCCUACAAACAAAGAAGAAAAGCCCUCAUCCGACGAAAUGCUGUUGUUGCCGAAUAGCAAGACUACAGUUUCAUCACCGGAUUUGAAGCAAAAGGAUGAAAAUUGUGGUGCAAGUGAUCAGACCGAUAGCACCGCUUUGUCUGACUCUUCACGAGGACCCGUCGAUCGACAAGUUUCAACUUCAGAUGAUGGUUCUAAUUCCUCGUUUCAUAUUGAACCAGAACCUAUUAAAGCCAAUGAGGUUGAUAAUAACGAAAUACACGAAGGAGAUUCGUCGACAAUUGAUACAGAAAGUUCGCGGGAAAAUUCUCCUUACUUAAGUGACAAAUCUUUUAAAAAGAAUUCUACAACUGGUUAUGUUCAACCCGUCGUGAACUCUGCAAGUGGUUACGUACAGUCAGCACCUGCACCAAUAAAGGGUCCUCUGACAAAGAGUACACCUACACCUGCCAGUACCAGUUAUGUUAUGGCUGGUCUGCCUCCACCUAUAUUUACUACUAGUGCACCGUCUCAAGUACCAAAUCCACCCGCUCCAUCUUCGGGGUACGUUCUCCCUGAAGAAGUACAAGCGAGAUCUAUGGUGAAUUUCUCUAAAUUAGGGUCUGCACCUCCAAAGUUGUUUGGACCUGAAAGCUUGCCUACUAUGCCUACCUUGCCACCUCCAGCAAAGCAUUGCGCUGACAACAGUUAUAUUCAGCUACAGUCAUUAGAUUCCUUGCCUAGUCUUAAGACAACUGUACGGAACCCUGUGCCAUUGAAGCCAUCUGCCUCGAGUGGCUACGUUAGUCCAGAAGAUGUUGUCAUUAAUAAACAUCUUAAUAAUAUGCUGUCAGCUGGUCAACUUGCCGAGGAGCCCGCCAUAUUAGAUCCAACGAUGUCUCCUGAUGCUUAUUGCCGUUUCUCUUGGAGCACUGACCCCGCUAAUGAUAAUCUACACACGUUACUCGCCGAAUCACCCACGCGAACGACCAAGAAUUGAUUAUAU